CAGGAUGAACUACUCUACAAGGGAAUAUUUCAGGAAGGAUUUAUAAACAUAAAACUAUGUUUCCCUCAAAAGCUGCAUGAAGAAAAGUUUACAUGAAUGUAUGACGUCUUAACAAGAGCCACAAAAUGGUUGAUGCAGUGCAAGUAUUGUUUAGAGCAAUUCGAGAAGGCCAAACUGACAUUGUCCAUUUCUGUUUGCGGAACAAUGAUGAUCUGCUUUCCGCUGUUGAUUCAGAAGGUUCGACUCCUCUUCAUCUAGCUUGCUCGCUCAAUAAUGCCGAGGUAUUGGAUUUACUACUAUCUAAAGCUACACCUUGGCAAACCCCUCUUCAUACAGCUCCAGAAAAUAAUGAUCCUCGACCCUUUUCCUCGGCCAAAUCUUCCGUCGUUAAUAUCCAAGACUCAAAUGGCAACAGUCCCUUACAUAUCGCUUCUAUAAAUAACUGUAGCAAAGCGAUAGAAGAACUUAUUCGAAAAGGAGCGAUUGUAGACUUACCUAACAGUCAAGGCAAGACUGCUUUGCACCUUGCAGUGCAAGAGGGAUGUAGCUCUGUGAUUGAUGAACUCUUGCGGCUCGGAGCCAACGUCAACGCAAAGAACGCAGAAGGAAAAUCACCUUUACAUCUGGCAGUUUUGAAAAAAGUUCUCUCCAUUGUGGCCAAACUGGUACAGUCCGGGGCAGAUUUAGGAGCACAAGACAACCGUGGAAACACUCCCAUGCACUAUUCAGUUGUCUGCGGGUCGUUGCAAGUCUUUAAAUACCUUCAUCACGCAGGUUCUGUGGCCAGCACAAACCAUAGACAACAAACACUCAUGCAUUUUGUGUUGGAAAAUCUCGAAUGUAAAAAUUGUUUUGACACUAUUAAUUGGCUUCUGUUCAUUGGUGUUGACGCAACAGCCCAAGACGACAGAGGAGAGACCGUCUUACACUAUGUGGCCAGGGAAGGCUCAGUUGCAUACCUGAGGAGUAUGAAAAACAAUGGUGUUGAUUUUGAAAAACUAGUAAAGGUACAAAGUAAAGAUGGACGAACUGCUCUACAUUUGGCUGCAAAGUACAACUGGCUUGUUUUUGACUGGAUUUUAAAAGACGUGUCUGACUUAGAUAUAAAAGAUUCCAAAGGUGUCACUCCAUUUGAAGUUUUAACUGCAGAACAUGAUAGACGUUUUGGUAAUGAUUCUAUGCCUUUGGUACACUAUUGUAUUCACUACAGAUUAUGUCAAGUUUUGAAACUUGUUCUCAGUCGAAACCCAGACAUCGAAAGGAAAUUUAAAGGUGAUACUCCACUAAUAGUUGCUGCCAAAACAGAAAACUUAAACGCAGUUGAUCUACUCAUCAGUGAAGGAGCCGAUCUCAAUGCUCAAAAUAAUAAGGGCCAAACUGCCCUUCAUGUUGCUGUUCUAAAAUCUUCACGUUUAGUUUUGAAAUUGGCUUGCAAAGGAGCUGAUGUUAAUAUCAAAUCCCAUCAGGGCAAGACACCACUCGAUACAGUUUUAAGACAGAAUAGUGUCGAUAUAGAUACUUUAGCAUGUUUACUCAAUUUUGGAGCCUUAAUAGAUGUAUUUGGAUCUAAUGGAGGAACUUCUUUGUCUAAUAUUUUGCCCCACAUUAAAAAAAAUCAGGAAAUCAUGGAUUUAAUAAACCAACAUUUGAUAAAGCUCAAAGCUGCUGGUAUGUUGAAUACGCUGGUCGACAUUCAAUAUGAAGGAUUCGAAGAGUUUCACAAGAGGUGUCUCGAAGAAAUCGAUUUGAUGAAAAGCGAAAGAUACAAGGGAAAUUCAUUGUACGAUGUAUUUUCAAAGUUCAGAAACCCUCUUUACAUCUGUAAUGAUCAACUGGAAACCGAAAUUAACUCAUUCAAAGAAUGUGGGGAGUAUAAAAACUUGCCCAUUUAUGGUCCUCUGUUGUACCAGACAUACUUGGUAGCCAAGGAGCGCUUCACUUUACUUAGGGAUGCUCAGUGCUUUUUCAGGCUGUUGAAAUUUUCUAACGAUAUGAAACUACCUGAUGAAUUGGAGAGGAUAGUAUUGACCUAUCUGGGUAACGACGAUCUAAAAGCUUUGAUUAAAGCUUGCCAACCUUCCUCCAAAACUAGAAAGCGCCGUUUGGACAGGCCGUCCAGGCAGUGUCGGCAGAGAAAAAUUCGCCGAACAAGAUAGGUGGAGUGUGCACAAUCCCUCAGGGCAUCACAAUCAAACCCAAGCCUGAAGGUGUGUUUUUUUCCUGAUACAGUCCAAACUCUUAGAGUUCUAAAGGUUGAUUCAUUGGACGAAAAAUUAACCUAUUCCACUAACUACCUAUGGGAAUAACUCAACAAGAUUAUAGGCCAUA